UAGGUAUACACUUAAACCCAAAUCGAUCCAUCCUAAUAUCUCCUCCAGCUCGAGGUAAUUGUGUUUUCUUUUUUUCUCGAUUCCACUCGUUACAAGCUUCUCCGUUUGUGGCGCCUCAGCUGCGAGCAAUGGUACUCACCAACUUCAAUGGAGCUGGCGUCGGAUUCGGUUUUGGUAUCGGUUGUGGAUUCGGCAUCGGAUGGGGUUUCGGAGGAAUGCCUUUGAACUUCUUGGGCCUUGGUGCGGGUGGUGGGUGUGGUGUUGGAUUGGGACUUGGAUGGGGAUUUGGCACAGCUUACGGGAGUAAGUAUCGGUCCUCAAGGAUGAUAUUUCAGGGAAUGGAACUUGACAACAAGGAUCAAAAUCAAAGUUAUGACAGCAAGGACUCAAAAGACUUGUCCAGAAAUUCCAGAAAAGCUUGAGUCUAGUCUCUCCCUUAUUAUUGGCUAGUUUAAGCCUUCAGCAUUAUAAGAGUUUCUUUAAAUCUUUUGAGCUCUUUUUGGAUGGAAUUGAGGUAACAUCUGAUUGUAUAAUUGUACCUACAUUUGAUUGUAUAAAAAUGACUUUUCUUUUGUCGCCUAA